CAAGUAAAUCCUCGUUCCCGCCGCUGCUCAUCUCGCUCUCCGCCCCCUCUCCCUCCCCCCGCCUGACAGCAGAAAGUGGUUGUUUAUGCCGUUGCUUUGUGCUUAGAGACUUGCAGCAUAAUACCAUGGGAGAUAGUGGAGAGGUCCUUAUUAUUGGACAAGUUCCAACACUGGGUGGAUUUGGCCCGAUUUAGGAAUUGAAUGACCCACAAGUGUCUAUAAAUCCCCAAAUUCAGAUUGUUACAGAAAUGGGCUCCCCUGAGGCAGCAAAGAAGAGGAUCCUCCCAGCAUGGAUGACCAAGAAUGUAGCUGAACCAGAAGAAUGGACAAAAAUGAGGUCAAAGAGAAGAAAAAAGACAGCUUUAGCAAGGACUGAAACUGUGUAUUGUAUGAAUGAAGCUGAGUUGGUCGACAUGGCUCUUUGUAUUUUAGCUGAGAAUUGCAAGGCUAUAGAAGGUGAUGUGAUUUCAUCAGAAGAUAAGGUUCAAGACCGUCAACAGGAAUCGAUAGAUGGUCACCUUCCAAGGACUGCUGUCAACAUUGCCAAGGAUCCUCCUGUACCAUCCACACCUCCAGAUCAGUCAGCUUCUUCAAGUAGCAGUGAGGAGACCAAACUGGAGGAAGAUGAUGACUCCUUAAAAUAUGUCAGGGAGAUUUUCUUUACAUAAUUUUAACAUUUAUAAGCAACAUCUGGUUUUUUUUAAGUUGAUAAAUAGGAGAUACAGCUAGGGUAGUGGUGGCUUGUAUACCAGAGGUGAAGUAAUGGAGAAUCACAUCAGCAGGAUUUCAGGAAAUAACUGAUCAGGAGAAGGGACUCUGGAAAACUACUUUUAUAAUUGGAGAUUUAAUGGGAUGCAUUGGGAGAAGAAUGGAGGAAUAUCCCACUGGGUUCCCUGGUUCGAUAAGCACUUUUUUUUCUUGAAUUUGAAGAUUUGAAUUUUGUAUUUAAAGAAUAAAUGUAAGUAGUUCUUACUUCUCUUUA